AUGACAACUACAAAUGACGGUAUUGACAUUGUGUAUGAUAGGGCAAGUGGGUUAGGUAAACAAGUGGUGGAAAGCCUGGUCGCUCAAGGUGCCUUUGUUGUUAUUAUCGAUAUCAACUUUGCAGGAUCCGAAAAGGUGGUAGCCACGCUUGGGAAAGAUCACGUAUACUUUCCUGGAUCAGUCGAUGUAUCAAGCGAGGAACAAGUCAAGGAAGCUCUCCACAAAGGCGUUGCACAAUUUCCACAGGCCAUCCUUGCAGGUGCUAUCAUAUGCAGCGGUGUUGUUUGGCCACCACAUCAUUUGGAAGGCUAUGGACCAGAAAAUGCAUUGACAAGCUUUGAGCAAUUCAAGCAUAUCGUGAAUGUCAAUCUUCUCGGCGCGUACAACGUUGCACAGCAAGUCGCCAAUCUCCUUGUCAAGAAUGACCCAUUUGAUGAUGAUGGCCAGCGAGGAGUUAUCAUCACAACGUCUUCCAUAAUGGGUCUGGAUGGUUCAUUGUUGGCCUAUGGAACAUCAAAAGCGGGUGUUGCUGGGAUGACACUACCAAUGGCACGUGAGCUUGCUAAUUUUGGAGUGCGUGUGAUGAGCAUUGCCCCUGGACCUUUUGAGACGCCUUUGGUGCACGCCGUACCUAAUGUGCAAGCCCCAACUUGUUUGUUUCCCAAACGUUAUGGCAGACCAAGCGAAUUUGCCGAUCUUGUGCUACACAUUAUUGAUAAUCCGAUGUUGAAUGGAUCCGUGAUCCGACUUGAUGGUGCCAUUAGGGCUUAG